AAGCUGCAAAGCAGACAUGUAUAUUAUAAAGUUUAUGGAACGGUUAUUUUUUAAAGUAGCCUAUGCAAUUGGCCUACAUUGAAGAUGCUAGGAAAUUGAGUAGUCUAUGCUAUUGCCCAACUGAUCGCAAAAACAAGAGUUUCAAAGGUACAGCUAUCGUGACGUCACUUAUCCGCGGCAGAGUGAGAGAGCGGCGACGAUCGGCUGCGGAGGAUACCGACCCCGCAGCGGGGACGGGACAACCGCCAGGCGAGAUGGCCCCUAUCCCUUUCUUCCUUGCAUCCCGCAUCGCAACGACCCCUUUGCACGCAUGAAGCCCCCGUUGAUGAAGCCAAAACCGGCCAAAGCAAGGCAGAAAAGGGCCACUGAGAGAGAGAAUGUACUGGCGCGUCGGGUUCGCCUGGACGCGAUCGUUUGUGGUUGAUCUUGGACGGAACCAGAGCUUCUCCUUCGGCUUGUGCGGCUCCAAUGAGCAGCUCUCGUUGUAUGGGUACAUCAUCGCCUACCCUCUGCAGGACUACGGCGGGAUCAUGCCGCUCCUUGGGUCAGACUCGUGGUGGCGGAAAACGCUCUAUCUGACCGGGGGCGCUCUGCUUGCCGCCGCUGCCUAUCUACUGCACGAGCUGCUCGCCAUCAGGAAAGAACAGGAGCUGAACUCUAAAGAUACCAUCAUCCUCCACCAGUUCUCCAGGCCAAAGAGUGGUGUCCCAUCUCUCUCCCCCUUCUGCCUCAAGAUAGAGACCUACCUGCGCAUGGUGGACCUGCCCUACCAGAACUACUUUGAUGGGAAGCUGUCUCCCCAGGGGAAAAUGCCAUGGAUAGAGUACAACCAGGAGCAGGUGUCUGGCACAGAGUUUAUCAUCGACUUCCUGGAGGAGAAGCUGGGCGUGAGCCUCAACAAGAACCUCAGUCCCCCGGAGAAGGCUGUGUCCCAGGCUGUCACCAAGAUGGUGGAGGAACACUUCUACUGGACCAUAGCGUACUGUCAGUGGGUGGACAACCUGGAGGAGACCCAGAAGAUGCUGGCAGUGAGUGGGCCACUGAGUGACCUACUCAAGUGGAUCCUGAGUCACCUGACUGGCAGCAUCGUGAAGAGGGAGAUGUACGGCCACGGGAUUGGACGAUUCACCAGGGAGGAGGUUUACGCUCUAAUGGAGAAGGACAUGCGGACGCUGGCCACCCUACUCGGUGAUAAGAAGUACCUGAUGGGUCCUAAGCUGUCUAUGGUGGAUGCCACUGUGUUCAGCCAUCUAGCCCCUGCCAUGUGGACACUGCCGGGCACAAGGCCAGAGCAACUCAUCAAAGGCGAGCUGAUUAACCUGGCCAUUUACUGUGAGAGGAUCCGCAGGCGCUUCUGGCCCGAGUGGUUCGUUGAUCUGGAGGAUUUCUGUUACGAUGACACCACAGAGGACGACGACUCCCAGUCCAAACUCCAGGACCUGGGGCUCUACUCCCGUACAGACACCUUCCAGGACGAGGCCAGCCCUCCUCACACACACACAAUCUCACCAGACAGUGACCUCACGGGCCACUCGCUCUGCGACUCGGACAUGGACACAGAGUGCUCUGAGAUGGAGCAGCUCAAGUGUUGACUGCCCUAUGACACACACAAGACACACACACACCGCCUGGAUGGGUCUCGUGCCCCCCCCCCCCCAAACACAACGCCCUGUACCUGUUGAGCAGGGAAUAACUACUGGGGUGCAUUUCUGUUGCCAGAGGCUGUUGUUUGUGUUAAUGAGUGAUGGAUUCAGAGAUUCUACACACACAAUGGACUGCAGGAAAUGAAAGCCUGAAUAUAGAUAAAGGAAUAGAGACAGAGAAGUAGAGAAAAAAACAGAGUAAAAUAGGAAUAGAGAGAAAAACAGCCAAAGAGUGAUAGAAAGAGGUAAAGAUAAACCGACGGAGAAAAGCGUUGAGAAAAAAGAAAGAUCAGGAGUUAAUGACGCCAUCGCUGAGAAACUCCUCUACCUGGGUGACAUCAACGCCUGUUGCCCAGUUUUGCAUUGUCGAGUUGUUGUUACCACGGCAACAACGUGGUGUGUGUUACCUGUGUCCCCCAAUUUGAGAUGCAUUGUGUGUUUGACGUACUGACCCUGUGACUUGCGUCAUUCUAUUGAUAUUAUAUUGAUAUUUCAGACCCUGUUCCGACAAGAUGCAGAUGAGUGCAGUUCCAUAUAAAUUUGUAAUCAGAUCCCAAAUCUGAUUUAAUAUGAGUAUAUAUAGUAUAGAUAGCCUGCUAAUUACAUAUAUGAUCCCAAUGUCAUAUAAUGCAAAUAUGUGGUUCUCCCAUACAACAUCUCAGUGCUUGUUAAAUAUGACCAAACUACCUGGUGACCCCCAACGGACACUUUUCAUCUGCAGUCAGGCCAUUGAAUAUUUCCUCAAUCCUUUUUAGAAUAGUCUGAUGUUAUGCAGGAGUUGCAGAUACUGUAGAUUGGGGACAUCUCAAAAGUCUAAAGUGGCUUCCUUUCCUCAUCUCCUCUCUAUAAUCUGCACAGAUCUGAAAACAUUGGAUAGGUGAAAGCAAUAUGGUGGAUGCCUACUUGUCCAAUUCUUCUUCCACUUGUCCAAUUCUUCUUCCACUUGUCCAAUUCUUCUUCCACUUGUCCAAUUCUUCUUCCACUUGUCCAAUUCUUUCAUAGCAGAUUAAGAAAAGAAGAGGAGGAGAGGAAACUACUGGAGAUCCUUAGUUGUGUGUACUUUUAGCCAUUGAGGGUGGAUGAAACAAUCAUGUACAAAUAGACUAGAUAGACAUGGAGUUGCAUGGCUGAUAGGUGCCAAUCAAAAUCACACUUUAUCCUGCUGGUUAUCUGUUAUCUACGUUUCUACGCUGGCCUGUCUUAAUGUUUACUGUGAUGCAGUGUGUCUGUGCAUAUGUGUGUACCUCAGGCCAGAGAAAGAGCACAAAGAUGCAGUAGAUGAAAAGAACACUAAGGCUUUUGCUCAGCAUCUCAGUUUUCAUCACAUAUAGCUGGUCUGUCCACCCCCCUUUAAGAAUGAAUCUUAUCUAGAAAUAGAAGGAAGAGAAUGGUCAUUGUUGCUUUAAGCAUCAAUUCACUCUGUGCUAAGUAUGAAACCACUACUAUAAUCCGCAGUUUUGGUUGCUAGUCUUACUUAAUAGUAGGCUGUGUGGAAUAGUGAAACAGUCUAUUCUAAUUAGCCUAUUUCUGGUGUGUGCGUGUGUGCGUGUGUGCGUGUGCGCGUGUGCGCGUGUGUGUGUGUUUGUGGGCGUAGAGUCAUCGUACGUCAUGUGUUGAUUUCGAGGCGUACAUCGUACAGGCAUUCAGGCUGGGUGUUCACAGCUGAGCGUGCACAGUAGUGUACAUAUAUAGAUACAGAUACAGAUAAAGAUACACAUAGUAACAUAUAUAGACAAAGACACAGAUACAGAUAUAGACACAGAUACAGAUAUAGACACAGAUACAGACAGAGAUACAGAU